AUGUUGCAGUUCACCAUUGUUACUGGUUUAAUGCUGUGCAGCAUUUCCGGUGGAUAUAUUUUCGGUCAGAUGUCCGGAAUGGUGAACGCUUUGCGUAAUGCAAAUGGCCUAAGCGAAGACGACGUGUCAUGGAUUGCUUCUACGAUCAACAUUACCUGCGUUUGUGGCUUCGCUAUAGCCGGAAUGAUCUCGGAGAGGCUGGGAAGGAGGCGGGCGAUCGUACUCUUGAGUCUGCCGGUGUUGUUCACAUGGGUAAUGAUUUACUACUCGACGAGCAUGACGGCUUUCCUCUUCUCACGUAUUUUGGUGGGCGUAAGUCACGGCGGUCUCAUUUUUCUAUUAUACGCGUCGAUGGCUGAAUACUCCACGCCGAGUAAAAGAGCGGUUUACCUCAACGUCAUAUCAGCGGUGGGCCCUGCUUUGGGAAUGACGAUGGGGCAUAUACUUUGCAUACUGUUGCAUUGGAGAACGGUAGCUCUGUUGGGUAUCGUUCCUACAGGCGUGUCAAUGGUCUUACCCCUGUUUUGGGUGGAGAGCCCGUCUUGGUUAGCUUCGAAAGGCAGGUUCGAGGAAUGUGAGAGGGCAUUCAGAGAGCUCCACGGAUACAGUGACGCCUCAGAAGCCGAAUUGAGGUUACUUGUCAACUUCGAACAGUCAAAACGGAUGGAGUUCUCGCCAAAAGAGCAGCGUGUACACGGGUUCAUCGACAAACUCGCCGUGGCUUUGAGAAAAAGAUAUUUCUGGAAGGUGGUAUUGUUGUGCGUAGUGGACUGCGACACCAUUGGACCUACCCUAGAAUAUGACGCUAGGGUGUUACCACUUCUAAAAUUACGUCCG